AUGGCACCGACGCAGCUCAGCAUUGUGCUGGAGCGCCUGCUCAACGAACUCGGGAUAGCCGACCUUAGCGGCGCGGUGCUCGACGCGAUCCGAAGCGCUGCUGCAGCCGCAGAGGCUGUGCUUGCUGCGGCACAAGAGCUGAGGCGCUCCGACUGCGACAACCUGAGGAGAGCGCAGCAGGCUGCUAAACGCGACAUCAAAGCGGCCGAGCGGAUGGCCGACGAGGCAAAACACGCAGCUCGAGCUGAGUGUGAGUGGCGUAUCGGCGAGAUGCGGGCCAAGAUGCAGGCUGAGCUGCGCGAGCAGCUCGACGCGCUGCAGAUUUCGAUGGAGGCAGAGGCGAGGCGUGCUGAUGCCGCAGAGGCGUGA